AUGCCUCGGCGGAAGCGAAAGGGGCGGAGUGCCAGAGCAGCUCGACGUGGCCUUCUAGGCUUGGGUGGAGGUGCUCCAAAGCGUCACAGGAAAGGCAAGAAGAAUGAUGACGUUCUGGAUGAACAGGAAAAGGCUGUGAAACAGAUCCGAGCCGCUGGAGCUGCCAAGGCUGCCGAAGACGAAAAAGCCAGACAACCACAUUCGUUUGUAAUUCAUCGCGGUGCCGUUGGCAAGUAUAUAAAGGCACUUGAGAAUGAUAUUCGGCAAAUAAUGGAUCCUUUUACGGCGAAACACUUAAAGACACUAAAACGCAAUAACAUCAAAGAUUUCGUGAUCCAUGGUGCUGUACUCGGUGUCACUAACAUGAUCGUAUUAACGUCUAGUGAUACUUCUGUCCAGUUGAGGAUGAUGCGGUUCAAUCAGGGACCCACGCUCACCUUCCGUGUGCCGGAAUACUCCUUAUCGCGACAUAUUUUGUCCACUCAGAAGCGACCGCUAGUGCACCAGAAACUCUUCGAAAAGCCUCCACUCGUUGUUAUGAAUGGCUUUAGUCAGAGUGGUAAAAAACAUCUUCUGCUUGUGGAAACAUUCAUACAGAACAUGUUCCCUUCGAUCAACAUUGAUACGCUUGAGUUGCGAACUGUGAAACGAUGCUUAAUGGUGAAUUACUUCGAAGAAGACGAUACCAUUGAGAUUCGACAUUAUGCAAUUCGAACGGUAGCAUCAGGACUGAACAAAUCUGUGCGUAAACUGGUGCAAGCCGGCAAGUCUACCACCAAGGAUUUGCCAGAUCUCUCGAAAUACAAGGAUAUCGCAGAUUAUUUGUUAAACCCUGGCCAUUUGAGCGACAGCGAAUAUGAGGGUGAACAAGAAGAAGUGGUUCUUUCUCAAAGCAUCAGUGAACAAACUGGGACAAUGAAGGGUGAAAAGAGUCAUAUACGGUUGAUGGAGAUUGGACCGCGUAUGAAGCUUGAGCUUUUGAAAGUUCAAGAUGGAAUCGAUGAAGGAGAAGUGUUGUACCAUAAAAUCAUCAAGAAAACCAGCGAAGAACUAGAAAGGCUGAAGAAGGAAGCUCCUAAGAAGAAGUUGAUGGAGAUUGGACCGCGUAUGAAGCUUGAGCUUCUGAAAGUUCAAGAUGGAAUCGAUGAAGGAGAAGUGUUGUACCAUAAAAUCAUCAAGAAAACCAGCGAAGAACUAGAAAGGCUGAAGAAGGAAGCCCCUAAGAAGAAAAAAUUGAAGAAACGGCGGGAACAAGAGACGGAACACCGUGUUAUUCGUCGUCUUGAGAACGCACAGGAAAAAGCAAAGCGAGAGGAGGAGGAACUCAAAGCGUUCAAGGAAAAAGCUGCAAGAAAGCAGGCUGCCGCAACGGGACAAACAGAGGACAUCGAGAAUAGCAAAGAGAAGGACAGAGAGAUAGCUCUCAAUAGAGAACGUGAAUUAAAGCGCGGUGGUGGAGGUGGCGAUGGACAGAACCGCUCACUGGAACCGGAACGAAAACGCCGUCGAAAAGAUAUCCAUGACACGAAGGAGGGAGCAGGGAAGCGAUUCCACAAGGGGAGAAGAGAAUAG